UUUAUUUAUUUUAGCACAUUAAAUUCCAAAAAAACCCACAAAAAAGAUUUUGAAUUACACGGCAAAUUGGGGCUCCCGCCGACCUUUACUCCGACUAGCCAGUAGAAUUUACUUUCCACUGACUCGCCGGUUUACUGCUUCACCGGCGCUGCGUCACUUUUCGACGAUUUUGAAAUUCGGAUUACUGGGUGCGAAUUUUCGCGAUAAUGCUGCACGAGUUGCUUUUGGCACUCCUAGGUUACACCGGAGAUCUCAUAAUCGACGAUAGAGAAUACCAGGAAUCCCUCCGCGUUAAUUUAUCCCCCGAUGCGCCGCUUUCCGAUGAGCCAACUUUCAAACUCGCUCCCGAUCUUUCAUUCAUUCAGCCCAGCGACAGGGAAGUUAUCGAGAGAGUAAUUACUCUAGGUUUCUACUACAGGGAGCUAGAACGUUUUGCGGCUAAAUCUCGAAAUUUAAGUUGGAUUAGAUCUUCAAACGAGUCUCCUUUGUCAAGAGCUACGGAAAUAUUGAAAGGGAAGAAGGUGAAGCCCAGUGUAUAUAGGAGGGCACUAUCGAAUGGAAUUGUUGAAGUGCUAUCUGUUUAUAGGUCCGCUGUUUUGCAUAUUGAGCAGAUAUUGUUGUCUGAUUCCCUCCCCGUCUUGGCAACUGUGACACAAGGACUCAAUAAGUUCUUUGUUUUGUUGCCACCUCUGUAUGAGCUUAUUUUGGAGAUUGAGCGCAAUCAUAUUUAUGGAGGCAGACUUCUCAACCUUUUGCACAAACGAUGCCAUUGUGGGGUUCCUGAAUUGCAAACAUGUAUUCAGCGGCUUCUAUGGCAUGGGCAUCAGGUCAUGUACAAUCAACUUACUUCAUGGAUGGUUUAUGGGAUCCUUCAUGACCAGUAUGGAGAAUUUUUUGUUAGCAGGCAAGAGGAUAGUGAUUCUGAACACGAUUCACCUGCAAAUACACUUGAAAAACUGGCUCGCAUGUCAACUAAUGAUGUAUCUCUAACUGAUUGGCAUCUAGGCUUCCAUAUUUCUCUGGAUAUGCUUCCUGAGUAUGUUCCAAUAAACAUUGCUGAAUCUAUUUUAUUUGCUGGAAAAGCUAUCAGAGUUCUUCGGAAUCCAAGUCCCUCUGUCCAACUUCAUGGUGCAUCAUCCCAUCAGAGCAUACAAAAAGGAUCACAAAGGGUUCAAGGAUUUACCGGAAGGAUUUCUCUACAGAAAGACUCUUCUGUCGAAACCACGUUGACUGGAGAAGAAUUACUUCCACAAGCUGAGGCUGAUAAAAUUGAAGUUAUGCUUCAAGAGUUGAAGGAAUCAUCUGAGUUCCAUAAGAGAUCGUUUGAGACUGCAGUUGGCUCAAUCAAAGCGAUUGCAGCAAAUCAUCUUUGGCAGCUUGUUGUUGUGCGUGCUGACUUGAAUGGCCACUUAAAAGCUCUUAAAGAUUAUUUCCUUUUAGCUAAAGGUGAUUUUUUCCAGAGUUUUCUUGAGGAAAGUCGCAUGCUGAUGCGUUUACCACCCCGUCAAUCAACUGCUGAAGCUGAUCUUAUGGUUCCUUUUCAACUGGCUUCGAUAAAGACUAUCGCUGAUGAGGACAAAUACUUUUCCAGAGUAUCUUUGCGAAUGCCAGGAGUCACAGUUAAAUCUUCCCAUGUUGAGUUGCCUAAAACGAAAGCAUAUUCUGAUGGUGACUCAGGUGUCCAAUUAGAUACUUCUGCAGGGAUGUCAAUUGAUGGCUGGGAUGGCAUUGCCCUUGAAUAUUCUGUUGACUGGCCCUUACAGUUGUUCUUUACACCGGAAGUGCUGUCUAAGUACCUUAGGAUUUUCCAGUACUUGCUUCGUCUUAAGAGGACUCAGAUGGAACUGGAGAAGUCAUGGGCGUCUGCAAUGCAUCAAGAUCAUUCUGAUUUUGCCAAACGCCGCAGUGAUGGUAUUAACAGUUCAAUAUCUCAACAGAGAAGGCAACGCUUUAGACCAAUGUGGCGUGUGAGAGAACAUAUGGCCUUCCUAAUCAGAAAUCUUCAAUUUUAUAUUCAGGUCGAUGUAAUAGAAUCUCAGUGGAACGUCUUGCAAUCUCAUAUUCAGAAUUCUCAUGACUUCACGGAACUGGUGGGGUUUCACCAAGAGUAUUUAUCUGCACUGAUAUCACAAUCGUUCCUGGAUAUCGGUUCUGUGUCACGUAUUCUGGAUGGCAUAAUGAGACUUUGUUUACAAUUCUGCUGGAAGAUCGAGAACCAAGAAAGUAAAGACAGCACUGCAGGACUGGAGCACAUAGCUGAGGAAUUUAAUAAGAAGUCAAAUUCAUUAUACACUAUACUCCGCAGCAGCAGGAUUGCUGGGAGUCAGCGAGCCCCAUUUCUUAGGCGCUUCCUUUUGCGACUCAACUUCAAUUCCUUCUUCGAGACAACUGCUAGAGGGGUGCUGAAUGUUGUGAGACCUCGCCCAACACUUGCCUCAUCUACUAUGAUUUAGGCUUCUUUUCUCCCUCCCGUACAUCUCUUGCAGCUGACAUCACCAAGAGCUUGUUUCUCAGGAGGUGUUGGAGAUGAUCACUACUGAUGGAGCACAGUGACUAAUUCUAUAUAUAAUAUAUAUAUAUAUUUUAUAAUUUGGUGUAUCUAUAAUCUAUAUCUGGUGCUGUGGUGAUUUUUAUUUGUAUAUUAUUAUAAUACCAUAGGUGCCCUUCCCUUGCUGUUUGCACUGCAAAUAGAGAAAAUCUUGCAUGAUGUCAUAUUUGAUUAUUAUAAAUUUUUUAUUAUAAUAUUUAAUUCAUCAAA